UGAAGCUGUAGAAAGUUAGAAAUUGUCAGCUCUGCAGGUUGAGAACUUUAACGUUUGUUUGAGUGGAAGAGCAAAGAAAUCUCCAGUAUUUCAGUUUCUGGAUUAGAAAUGAUUGCAUCCCCCUGUUUCACAGAAAUAAAGGAGUGGGGAAUCCCUCUCCACUUGCAGCAGGGCUCCUUAUAACAACAGCAGUUUCUACAGCCGCCACUUUGUCAUUCUGCCACUAGGUGUCACUAUAGUCUAUGGGAACCAAUGUGUCUGGUGAUCUGGUUUUCUUACUGCACUUUAUUCUAAUGCAUCACUUCUCACUUCCGUUGUUCCUCAGGGCUCCAGGGAGAGAGAUGGAGCCAGAACUAUUCCCAACAAGGAUAAAGGAAGAAGAAGCAAAUUGUGAUUAUUGUUGGAGCCCAAAGGGAAACUCAGCAGCAGCCGCACCUACUGAUGGGGGUCUCCAGGCAUUUGGCUCAGGGAUAUUUAAGAUAAAGACAGAGGAAUCAGACUCUGAAGUUGAAGUGAUCCCUGCGGAAGUGUCAGUGGGUUCCCACGAGAUUGAAGAAAACUUAUUGCAGGUAAAUAAAAAGGAAGAAGAACUGGACUAUGAUUAUUACCUGAACCCAAUGGAAAACUCAACAGCCGCACUUACUGCUGGGGAGAACUGCGCGACUAAUGACUGGAAUUGUGACUUUGGGAUUCUUCCGGUCCUGGGAACUAAAUCGUACUUUGUUAUAUUAGACACAGCCCAGGAGCCGCUGCAGAGCACGGGGAUGUUGGUGUGGCCCCCGGAGUCCAGAGCACAGACCAUAUUGGAUUGUGGGCUCAGUGCAAGUUCUGCGCAUUUCCCAGCAGCACCCAAAGCCGCAGGGUUUAUAUGCGAUAAAUGUGGAUUGAGCUUCUCUGUGAGCGGCGAGCUGGUGUCGCAUUACUGCAACCACUCCAUGAUCAACAUGCAGAGCCGGCAGCUGCAGCAGAAGCCGCCCGUGUGUCUGGAUGUCGUUUGGAAGCAGAAAAGGAGCGACAAUAAUUCCCAAGCGCAUCACUUGCUUUACACCGAGGAAAAAUGCUUCCCCUGCCCAGAAUGUGGGCGCCUCUUCCCCGAGGGGUACAGGAUGAGAAAUCACAUGUUAAUUCACAACGGAGAGAAACCAUUCGUGUGCAGUGAGUGCGGCAAAGCCUUCAAGCGCAGAGUGGCCCUGGUGGAACAUGAGAGAGUGCACACGGGGGAGAAACCCUACAGGUGCAAGCGCUGUGGGAGGAGCUACACGCACAGGGGCAGUCUGUACAGCCACCAGGCCGUCUGCUACGAAGAGAAACCAUUCGCCUGUACUGAAUGUGGCAAACAAUUCUCCCAAAAGUCUCUGUAUCUCCUUCACCAGAACAGCCACACACCUCCCUGCGCAGACUGCGGCAAAAUCUUUACCCGAAAGUACAGUUACCAGCAGCACAUAAAGACUCACAGGAGGAGAGACAGACGACCAAUAGAACUUGCCCACGUGCAGUGACCUCUUUAUUUACCAAAACACGGGACGGAGCACUUAGUACUGUAUAUAUGUGUAUGUGUGUGUGUGUAUAUGUGUGUGUAUAUGUGUGUGUAUAUGUAUAUGUGUGUGUGUAUAUGUAUAUGUGUGUGUGUAUGUAUGUAUAUGUGUGUGUG